AUGGCUGAGAGCAAGCGGUUUGAUACGAAGAGCACAGGCUGCCUUGAAGGCCUGUUCAACUUCCUUGCCCUCAACCAACGGCUGCAAAUGCCGAAGAUGAUUGCCUACCAAAAACACAGCGAAGGAAGUAGAGUGAAAGUCCCAAAGCCCAAAACUAGCAGUGAAAAAGAUGAAAAUAUCCCGUUGCAGAAGGAAACUAAUAGUGACUCUCAAACUGGUAAGUCCCACAUGUUCAUAUGGAGGACACUCAUGUUCAAGAAAAAAACACCCGGGAAAGACAAAAAGAAGAGCAGCUCGCCAGCCAGCUCCCCAUCCUCAUCACGUCUUCUGCGCUCCAGAUCAAUCCAUCACUCGAAAUGCUUUGAUUAUGAGGUUCCUGAUGAGUUAGCUGCACAUUAUCAUGCAAUGAACAACUCGGGCUCCAUUGAGAUGGAUUCUUCUCACAGUGAACCACCACCACUGUCACAUGAGAUUCCACAACAUCCCAAUGUGCAAGAGCCCUCCAGGGCUUGUGGCAGCAUGGAUGGCAAAGAUAGCAUAGAUCUGGAGGCACCCUGUGAGACAGCACCUGGAAAUCUCACUGGAGGGUCAUCAGGGAAACGUAACCCUAUAUUUGAUCGGAGUGACAAUGAGAAAAGCAGGAGGUCAGAAAUCCAAAGGUCACCCUCGAGACCUACCGCUGACCUGGAAGCUGCAAAAGUCAUUAGUACAAGAAUGCCUACUGGUGUUGACAGCUCCGCAGUUUCUCUUGCAGAAUCAAGGAGCCUGAAGAAAGCUGGAACAGCUUCAAACCAUUUUAAAGCUAUCAGUAGAAAGAUCAAAGAUGUCGUAAUGUUUUCAAGUCGUCCGAUUAAUCGCGAUUAAUCAUGAUUAAUCGUCCUAAUCGGUCCCUGCUGACUGAUUAGGGGUACCGUCGACUUGUACAAGUCGUCUGAUUAAUCGCGAUUAAUCGUGAUUAAUCGUCCUAGUCGGUCCCAUGGCGACUAGGUUCGACUGGACGACUUGAAAACAUUGGUCGUAAGGGAGAACCGGAAGGAGCUUGCUCGGAUUACCAAGGAUGGAGUUUUCCACAAACUGCCAUAUGGCCAAAAAAUGUCUGGAUUGACUAGGGGCUCCUCCACGGAGAAGUUUGUCCAGGAGGAGAAACAAAUGCGAAGAUCAUAUUCUAUUGCAGAAUCAGUAGACAAGUAUUCAACACUUUAUGAGUCAAUCUCGAGGGACUCAAGAAUUUCUCCAGAAAGAUUAAACAUAACAAUGGAAGGCUGUGCAAGCUUAAAUGAUAAGAAGAUGCCAAUGGGCCUCAAAAGAAUAACUUCUCUUCCAGAGAUGCGGUUAUGUUCAUCUCACCAAGAGGCCCUGCCUGAAGUUUCAGCUUCUCGGAUUGGGUCCAAGACUUGCAAUGUGGAAUCUGAUCACUUUUCUUCACAUGGAACUGAUGCCUUCAUUAUCUGUGCAGAAGGAAAUUUCUAUCCUGAUGAUAUCACAGAACAAUCAGAAAAUAUUCACAUUGAAUUAAAUUGUGGAGAUUCAGAGCAACCAUUCGAAAACUUGCAGCUUGAGGACGAGGACUGGUUAGUCAAGCCACCACUGUCUGCAGGAGCAUAUGCUGCCAAUUUCAAUGAUGAAGAAUGGCUGGUCACACCACUGAAGCACUCUGGUGUCAUGAAUGGUAUUGAUCGUGAGGAUGAAGAGUGGUUAGUUAAGGUGACACAACUGUCUGGUGCCAAGGAUGUUGAUCUUGAAGAUGAAGAGUGGCUAGUCAAGUCAGGGCAGCCCAAAACUAACGAUGCUUUGGAUUCGGAUUUUCGCUUCAUACACGAGUUUUCUGAACAAGGUGCUGUGGAACCCUUGCACAUUUAUGUCAGUGACAAGAACGAGGCUGAUUUCCAGUAUGUCAAGGAUAUCCUCAAGAAAUCAGGAUUCAGCUGCGGCGAUGUCGACUGGUACGCAUCCAAUCAGCCAGUCAGCCCUGUGGAGCUCAGCAUGGCAAGCGAUGAGCCGCACAGUAUUGUCAGGCGCAUGCUCCUGUUUGAUCUCAUCAACGAGGUCCUGCUGGACAUCUAUGACUCUUCGCUUGUCAUCGGCCCAUGGCACUCACGCUUCGACCUGCGAACCAGACCCAUUCCCAUGGGGUAUCAUGUCCUUGAGGAGGUGUGGGCGAAGGUGAGCUGCUACCUGAGCCUGCAUUGGAAGGAAGGCCAGACAGUGGAGGACAUUGUGGCACAUGAUCUUAUGAGGAAGGACAGCUGGAUGAACCUGGUAUAUGACGCGGAGUGCACCGCGUUGGACAUGGAGGAUCUGAUGGAGGACCUGCUGGAUGAUGUUGUCAUUCAGAUAGUGUUAGAAUCAAUUGAUGAAUGA